AUGGCUUCCUCACGUAUCUUCGUGCGGAACCUGCCUCCGACGCUCAGCGACGCUGACUUCCGCAAGCACUUCGCCCAGCAAGAUGUCGUCACCGACGCAAAACUGCUGGCGAACCGCCGCAUCGGCUACGUCGGCUACAAAACCCCAGAUGCCGCUGAAAAGGCCGUCAAGUACUUCAACAAGACAUUCAUCCGCAUGUCGAGAAUAGGCGUCGAGUUAGCCCGACCCGUCGAUGAAGCACCACAGCCCAGAAAUCGCAAGCGCGCCCCGACCGCAGCACUACCCGUAGCGGACAAGGUGUCUGAGGAGUCGAGGUCGCAGGCGGAGAGCUCAUUGAAGCGCAAGAGAGGUGUUGACGAUGCCGUCGAAGCCGAUCCCAAGCUCAGGGAGUUUCUGGAGGUUAUGAAGCCUGCCACCAAAAAUAAGACCUGGGCAAACGACGACAUGCAGAUCGACCAAACGGCGGCUGCAGAGGAUAGCAACCAGGUCGAGCCGGUCCACGUCCCUGAGGCCGACAGUGAUGACGAGUAUCAGACGGUCCAGAAAAAGCCCAAGCAUUCUGAGGCGACCUCUGUGGCUGAGACUUCUGAUGUCACCACACCAGCCGCGCAGCCAUCGGAUGAGAGCUUGUCUGAAGACCAGCAAGCCGAAUCUGAUGCAGAAGAGCCGGCCGAGUCGGGACCCGUAUCUGACGCUGACUGGCUGCGUUCCAAGACGAGCAGAACGCUGGACGUGGUCGAAGAUGAUGACGAGGAGCUUGCACACCGUCCGAAGCCUUCCGAAAAGGAGGUAUCCGACACGGCGGAAGACGCGGAGCCGGAGUCGGCCGAUGAUGCCCAACCGCCAACUUCCGGUGGCGGUGCAGUUGUCGACAAAACCGAGUCCCGGGUCAGCUCUGACAUCGAGAGCAUCCGGCAGACUGGGCGCCUGUUCCUCCGGAAUUUACCCUAUGAUGUUUCGGAGGAUGAUCUGCGUGGCCAUUUCGAUUCCUUCGGGGCCCUGGAAGAGGUGCACGUCCCCCUCGACCCGAAAACGGGCAAUGGCAAGGGCUUUGCCUACGUUCUUUUCGAAGAUCCUGAGAACGCCGUCCGGGCUUAUGAGGAGCUGGACGGCAGGAUCUUUCAGGGUCGUCUUCUCCACAUCAUUCCUGCCACCGCAAAACGAGAGAACAAGCUCGACGAGUUUGCCAUCUCGAAAUUGCCGAUCAAGCAGCAGAAGCGCCUCCAACAAAAGGCGCAGGCCGCUACUGCGACAUUCAACUGGAACUCCUUGUACAUGAAUGCCGAUGCUGUUAUUUCAUCCGUUGCCGAUCGGCUCGGCGUCAGCAAAUCCGACGUGCUUGAUCCUACGUCUUCGGACGCAGCGGUUAAGCAAGCUCAUGCGGAGACGCACAUCAUUCAGGAGACCAAGGCGUAUUUCUCGCAGAAUGGAGUUGACCUCGACGCCUUCAAGCAAAAGGCCAGAGGAGACACCGCCAUCCUUGUGAAGAACUUCACCUACGGCACCAAAGCCGACGAGCUCAAGAAGAUGUUUGAAGAGCACGGAACUGUUACCCGCUUCCUGAUGCCUCCCAGUGGCACCAUUGCCAUUGUCGAGUUUGCUCAGGCUCCCCAGGCUCGCGCUGCAUUUGCCACGCUUGCCUAUCGGAAAAUUAAGGAUUCUAUCCUCUUUCUCGAGAAGGCUCCGAAGGAUCUGUUUAAGGCGGGUGUCACACCGCAUGACGGGCCCACCGCUGUUGCCUCCGCCCCAGAAGGCAAGGCUAAGCUGGCCGCGUCAGACCUGCUUGCCGCCGAGGCAACGCCUGAGCAGAUCGAUACUUCGACUCUUUAUGUGAGGAACCUUAACUUCUCCACCACAACGCAACGCCUUGCAGAGGUCUUCCGGCCUCUCGACGGGUUCGUGUCUGCACGGGUCAAGACCAAGACAGACCCGAAGAAGCCAGGACAGAUUCUUAGCAUGGGCUUCGGCUUUCUUGAGUUCCGCACCAAGGAGCAGGCCCAGGCUGCCCUCGCCGCAAUGGAUGGUUACAACCUCGAUGGCUACAAACUAUCGAUUAAGGCGUCCAACAAAGGUCUCGAUGCGGCUGAAGAGCGGCGUAAAGAGGAUAAGGCGAAGAAGGCGGCUGGUCGGCAGACCAAGAUCAUUAUCAAGAACUUGCCGUUCGAGGCAACUAAGAAGGACGUACGCGCCUUAUUUGGUGCCUACGGUCAGCUGCGUUCGGUGCGCGUACCUAAGAAAUUCGACGCCUCAGCGAGGGGUUUCGCGUUUGCCGAUUUCACAACUCCUCGCGAGGCGGAGAACGCCAUGGACGCGCUCCGCAAUACCCACUUGCUUGGCCGCAAAUUGGUCCUGGAUUUCGCUUCUGAAGAUCCGGAGGAUGCUGAAGAAGAGAUUGCCAAGAUGCAGAAGAAAGUUGGCACGCAGGUCAACAAGGUCGCCCUGCAAAAUCUCACGGGUGCCGGAAGAAAGAAAUUUAAUGUCGCAGGCACUGAUGAGCUCGAAGGAGCUUAA